GUUCUGAUCCGAGGAGACCCUGAGCUCCCCGCAGCCAUGGGAGCCGGGAGCCGCCGGGGGGCGGCGGCCGCGCCGCUGCUGGUGGCGGUGGCCGCGCUGCUCUUGGGCGCCGCGGGCCAAAUGUACCCUGGAGAGGUGUGCCCCGGCAUGGACAUCCGGAACAACCUCAGCAGGCUGCAUGAGCUGGAGAAUUGCUCUGUCAUCGAAGGACACUUACAGAUACUCUUGAUGUUCAAAACGAGGCCCGAAGAUUUCCGAGACCUCAGUUUUCCCAAACUCAUCAUGAUCACUGAUUACUUGCUGCUCUUCCGGGUCUAUGGGCUCGAGAGCCUGAAAGACCUGUUCCCCAACCUCACCGUCAUCCGGGGAUCGAGACUGUUCUUCAACUAUGCGCUGGUCGUCUUCGAGAUGGUUCACCUCAAGGAACUCGGCCUCUACAGCCUGAUGAACAUCACCCGGGGUUCCGUCCGGAUUGAGAAGAACAAUGAGCUCUGCUACUUGGCCACUAUUGACUGGUCCCGUAUCCUGGAUUCCGUGGAGGACAAUUACAUCGUGUUGAACAAAGAUGACAACGAGGAGUGUGGAGACAUCUGUCCAGGUACCUCGAAGGGCAAGACCAACUGCCCCGCCACCGUCAUCAACGGGCAGUUUGUCGAACGGUGCUGGACUCACAGUCACUGUCAGAAAGUUUGCCCGACCAUCUGUAAGUCACACGGCUGCACCGCGGAAGGCCUCUGUUGCCAUAGUGAGUGCUUGGGCAACUGUUCUGAGCCCGGCGACCCCACCAAGUGCGUGGCCUGCCGCAACUACUACCUGGACGGCAGGUGUGUGGACUCCUGCCCGCCCCCGUACUACCAGUUCCAGGACUGGCGCUGCGUGAACUUCAGCUUCUGCCAGGACCUGCACUACAAAUGCAAGAAUUCGCAGAGGCAGAGCUGCUACCAGUACGUCAUUCACAACAACAAGUGCCUCCCCGAGUGUCCCUCUGGGUACACGAUGAAUUCCAGCAACUUGAUGUGCACCCCGUGCCUGGGUCCCUGUCCCAAGGUGUGCCACCUUCUAGACCGCGAGAAAAUCAUCGACUCAGUGACAUCUGCCCAGGAUCUCCGAGGAUGCACCGUCAUCAAUGGGAGUCUGAUCAUCAACAUCCGAGGAGGCAACAAUCUGGCAGUUGAGCUAGAAGCCAACCUCGGCCUCAUUGAAGAAAUUUCAGGAUAUCUAAAAAUCCGCCGAUCCUACGCGCUGGUAUCACUUGCCUUCUUUCGGAAGUUGCGUCUGAUUCGAGGAGAGACCUUGGAAGCCGGGAACUACUCCUUUUAUGCCUUGGACAAUCAGAACCUAAGGCAGCUCUGGGACUGGAGCAAACACAACCUCACCAUCACUCAGGGGAAACUCUUCUUCCACUAUAACCCCAAACUCUGCUUGUCAGAAAUCCACAAGAUGGAAGAAAUUUCAGGAACCAAGGGGCGCCAGGAGAAGAAUGACAUUGCCUUAAAGACCAAUGGGGACCAAGCAUCCUGUGAAAAUGAAUUAAUUAAAUUUUCUUCCAUUCGGACAAGUUCUGACAAGAUCUUGCUGAAAUGGGAGCCGUACUGGCCCCCCGACUUCCGAGAUCUCUUGGGGUUCAUGCUGUUCUACAAAGAAGCCCCUUAUCAGAAUGUGACGGAGUUCGACGGGCAGGAUGCUUGUGGUUCCAACAGUUGGACGGUGGUAGACAUUGACCCGCCCCAGAGGUCCAGUGACCCCACAUCACAGAGCCACCCAGGAUGGCUGAUGCGGAAUCUCAAGCCCUGGACCCAGUAUGCUAUCUUUGUGAAGACCCUGGUCACCUUUUCUGAUGAACGCCGGACCUAUGGGGCCAAGAGUGACAUCAUUUAUGUCCAGACAGCUGCCACCAAUGGAUUUUCACUCUUGUUGCCCAGGCUGGAGUGGGAGGGCGUGAUCUCGGCUCACCGCAACCUCCGCCUCCCGGGUUCAAGUGAUUCUCCUGCCUCAGCCUCCCGAGUAGUUGGGAUUACAGACCCGUCCGUGCCACUGGAUCCAAUCUCAGUGUCUAACUCAUCAUCCCAGAUUAUUUUGAAGUGGAAACCCCCCACGGACCCCAAUGGCAACAUCACCCACUACCUGGUUUUCUGGCAGAAGCAGGUGGAAGACAGUGAGCUGUUCGAGUUGGAUUAUUGCCUCAAAGGGUUGAAGUUGCCCUCGAGGACCUGGUCUCCACCAGUUGAGUCUGAAGGUUUUCAGAAGCACAACCAGAGUGAAGAGGAGGAUUUGGCUGGCGAGUGUUGCUCCUGUCCGAAGACAGACUCUCAGAUCCAGAAGGAGCUGGAGGAGUCCUCGUUUAGGAAGACGUUUGAGGAUUACCUGCACAAUGUGGUUUUCAUCCCCAGAAGAACCUCUCCAGGCCCUGGUGCGGAGAACUCUAGGCCGACUCGGAGACGCAGGUCCCUUGACGACACUGGGAACAUGACGGAGGCCGAGCCCACGGUAGCAGUUCUCCCCAACACUUCCUCGACCAUGGAGCCCAUGAGUCCAGAGGAGCCCAAGCCCUUCGAGAAGGUGGUGAACAGAGAGUCGCUGGUCAUCUCUGGCUUGCGACACUUCACGGGCUAUCGAAUUGAGCUGCAGGCUUGCAACCAAGACACCCCCGAGGAACGGUGCAGUGUGGCAGCCUAUGUCAGCGCCAGGACCAUGCCUGAAGCCAAGGCUGAUGACAUUGUCAGCCCUGUGACCCAUGAAAUCCUUGAGAACAACAUUGUCCACUUGAUGUGGCAGGAACCAAAGGAACCCAAUGGUCUGAUCGUGCUUUAUGAAGUGAGUUAUCGACGAUAUGGCGAUGAGGAGCUGCAUCUCUGCGUCUCCCGCAAGCACUUCACUCUGGAACGGGGCUGCAGGCUGCGUGGGCUGUCGCCGGGGAACUACAGCGUGCGAGUCCGGGCCACUUCCCUGGCGGGCAACGGCUCCUGGACGGAACCCACCUAUUUCUAUGUGUCAGACUACUUAGAUGUCCCAUCAAAUAUUGCAAAAAUUAUCAUCGGCCCCCUCAUCUUUGUCUUUCUCUUCAGUGUUGUGAUUGGAAGUAUUUAUAUAUUCCUGAGAAAGAGGCAGCAAGAUGGACCACUGGGACCACUUUAUGCUUCUUCAAACCCUGAGUAUCUCAGUGCCAGUGAUGUGUUUCCAUGCUCUGUGUACGUGCCGGACGAGUGGGAGGUGCCUCGAGAGAAGAUCACCCUCCUUCGUGAGCUGGGGCAGGGCUCCUUUGGCAUGGUGUAUGAAGGCAACGCCAAGGAUGUCAUCAAGGGUGAGGCAGAGACCCGCGUGGCGGUGAAGACGGUCAACGAGUCAGCCAGUCUCCGAGAGCGGAUUGAGUUCCUCAACGAGGCCUCAGUCAUGAAGGGCUUCACCUGCCACCACGUGGUGCGCCUCCUGGGAGUGGUGUCCAAGGGCCAGCCCACACUGGUGGUGAUGGAGCUGAUGGCUCACGGAGACCUGAAGAGCUACCUCCGUUCUCUGCGGCCGGAGGCUGAGAACAAUCCCGGCCGCCCUCCCCCCACCCUGCAAGAGAUGAUUCAGAUGGCAGCAGAGAUUGCUGAUGGGAUGGCUUACCUGAACGCCAAGAAGUUUGUGCAUCGGGACCUGGCGGCCAGAAACUGCAUGGUCGCGCAUGAUUUCACUGUCAAAAUUGGAGACUUUGGAAUGACCAGAGACAUCUAUGAAACGGAUUACUACCGGAAAGGGGGCAAGGGUCUGCUCCCUGUGCGGUGGAUGGCACCGGAGUCCCUGAAGGACGGGAUCUUUACCACUUCUUCUGACAUGUGGUCCUUUGGCGUGGUCCUUUGGGAAAUCACCAGCUUGGCAGAACAGCCUUACCAAGGCCUGUCUAAUGAACAAGUGUUGAAAUUCGUCAUGGAAGGAGGGUAUCUGGAUCAACCUGACAACUGUCCAGAGAGAGUGACUGAUCUCAUGCGUAUGUGCUGGCAAUUCAACCCCAAGAUGAGGCCAACCUUCCUAGAGAUUGUCAACUUGCUCAAGGAUGACCUGCAUCCUAGCUUUCCCGAGGUGUCCUUCUUUCACAGCGAGGAGAACAAGGCUCCCGAGAGCGAGGAGCUGGAGAUGGAGUUUGAGGAUAUGGAGAACGUUCCCCUGGAUCGUUCCUCUCACUGUCAGAGGGAGGAGGCCGGGGGCCGGGAUGGAGGGUCCUCACUGGGUCUCAAGAGGAGCUACGACGAACACAUCCCCUACACCCACAUGAAUGGAGGCAAGAAGAACGGGCGGAUUCUGGCCUUGCCUCGUUCCAACCCUUCCUAAUAGUGCCUACCGCAGCGGGGGCAGGCAGGGGCUCCCAUCUUCACUUUCCUCCGUUUUGAAACCUCUGGAAAACUCAGGAUUCACACAACUCUACAGUGUCCAAUGGAGCUCAGAGAUCGUUCCUGUACAUUUCUGUUCGUUUGGUUGCCAAUUGGACUAGUCCUGCAGAGGACUUAACUGUGAACCUAGCGGCAGGGGGUUGCCACAGCUGCUGCCUCUUUAGGCAACCACAGUUUCCAAGCAGGAUUUUGUGUUUUUUGUUGCUUUUUUUCCCCCAGUAGAUGGAAAGAAAGCACCUAUUUUUACAGAUUCUUUUUUGUUUUUGUUUUUUGCUGGUGUCUGAGCUGCAGUAUAAGAGAUAAAACUUCUUGUUUGUGGAACAAAAACUCGAAAGAAAAGCAACAACAACAAAAAAUACGCAGCCCUGCUCCAGGAGAAUUUCAAGCUUCACAGGUUGAGCUUCGAGGUUUUUGUUCUCCUCGUCCAGGCUGAAGGGUUUUGUUUUGUUUUGUUUUCUUUACAAAAUCAGUUCCUCAAACUGACCAACAGCUGCUGUUUUCAUACUUUGGAUAAGGGUCUGUGGUCCCGGCGUGUGCUCACAUCUGUAUGCGCGUGUGUGUGUGUCCGUUAGACACGGCUGAUGUGUAUGCAACAUACCCACGCGGAGUUGAUGCUUUGGGAAUCGGCUCAUGAAGGUUUUUCUCAAGUGUGCCAGCUCAUGUCCCCCACUCCUUCCUUAUUGACUGGGAGACUAUGCUCUCGACAGAUACUUCUUGUGUCAGAAGGUUAGCCUCAGGUUCCUACCCUCCCUUCACAUUGAUGAAAAAAAUGCUUUUGGGGAGCCAAGGGAGGAAUAUUUCAUUUGGAGUGAUUCUGAAGCUUUUCAAGACCAAACCAAGCUAGGAUGUUAAAAAAAAAAAAAGAAAGAAAGAAAAAAACAAAGAAAAAUGGAAAAAGGAAAAAAAAAAGAGAACUGAGAUGACAUAGAGUUUUGAAAAUAUAUUUGUAGCAUAUUUAAUUUUUAAGAAGUCUCCAGAAUUAGCCUCAUAAGUUAUUGACUCUUCUCCGGGGUUGGUGGGGAGUGGGGACAUGAGUAGCUUUGCCUGUUGUGGGGCCGGGACGGGGAGGGAGUGAGGCACGAGUGGCCUCUUUGUUUGGUCUUAAAGGCAUCCAUUUCUGGGAAUGAAGCCACGUUCGCUGCUAACACUUUUGGAAAUUGUGAGGCCACGUGGAGUGUGCGGGAGACUAGGUUUUGUGGAUGGUCUGGUUCAGGUGCCAAGCUGUUCAGAUGAAACUGGUAGCUACCUAGCCCUGAGCCUGCCUUCCUCUGGUUCAUCCUCUGGUUCUCUGUGUGUACCUCGUGUGGCGUUUCCUCUCCUGGGUGUGCACAUCCUACCGUUAUUGUGCAAAUGCAAGAAUAUCAGAUCCCAAAGAGCCAGCAACCCAGAUGGACUUUGGGAACAUCUAAGCAAUAUAAGAGAGAGGUGCACUGAGACUACGUCUUGGUCCCCUCCAGCCUGAGGGCACCUGGCAGUCCUCCGAACUGAACUCCCGGAAGCUGCUCUGAGCCCGGUGACCUCAUCUGGGCCAGGUGUAAGGUCUGAGCAGAAUGCUCAGGCGCUUACGUUGUUGCAAUCCCUAAGACAGUAGAGUCUGGAGGAGAAACCGUGAAAAAAGACCUUCACACCACCGAGAACUUCCGACGGGGCAUCAGUCCACCGUUUCUUCUCUUUGCGAAAAGAACCACCACAGCUGCUCAAAGAACACAGUGAACUCAUCACUUUGGUUCAUCAAAAAACUCAUCACCCAUGCGUUAUUCCUGAGUGCAUUUUCUUACAAGCUUUUGACUGCUUCCUUUUCUUCUUCUCUUAAGAGUUGUGGGCUUAAGAAUGGGAUAGAGUCAUAAUGGCAAACUCCGAGCCCUCUCAAUUCUUGAUUAAGAACACCGGUAGACACAAAUCCCAAUGGUCUAUUGUUACCUUAUUUAUAUGAUUUGGGAAAUUACAGCAUGUAAAAGUAUUGCCAAGGAGCCUCAGUGAUUGGGUACAAGAAGCAAGAGUACAGAAAUUAUUUUUGCCAAAUUUAUUUUGCAAAUGUGAGGGUCUGUACGUAAAUCUAAAAACACACGCACACGUAGAUCUAGGUAUUUUGUUCUCUUCCUAGUAAAUUUGUAGUGGUUGUAUACUACACUAGCUGCAAUUUUCACAUUUUCUAAUUCAGAAAGGUUUUUCUUAUACUAGGGGAAAACAUAUUUAUUUUAAUAUAUAAAAUCACUCUGAAAAUCACUCUCGUAAAAAAUGGAGCGCAUGUCAAUUUUUAUCAAAGAAAAAUAAACAGGUGAAUGGGGGAUAAUAAUUUUUUUUUCAGCACAGUCUACCUCAGUGUAUUGUUAAGAUGUGAUUCAAUAAUGGACAUCUUUGAGAUUUCAGAAUUCUACCUGGAACCAGCCUGAAUCAGGGAAAGUGUCUAUUAGCUGAUUCGAAUGCCAGGGACCAUUAAGAAUUUUGAGGGAGGGAGUUGGGAUGGAGAAGGUGUGGCCUUCAUGUGAGCAUAGAUCCUUUUCUUUCUGGCUGGUAAUAUUCCUCUCUGAAUUUAAUCUUACUUUAAAAAAAAUCCUCCAUCUAUUGUCACUAAGUUCCCCAAACAUAAACUAAGUCCCAGGAUGUCAUGAUGUGUCUGAUAUAUGGGGUGCCCCAGCAUGCUGUACCUUCCUUUGGUGAGAGAUGGCUGCUGGGGCAAAGACAGGCUUUGGUUCAGAACGAGCAUUCCCACCUGUUCAAUGGAAUCCCCCUGAAGUGAGCUCGAAGGUGCCCUGGACUCUCUGAUGUCUUAUUCCUGCUUCUUUCAGUCUGCUGCUGCACCUGACACACAAACACUUAAUGCAAUGUCUUUUUUAAUUCUCCAAGUGGGAUGGGAGCAUGUGGGGGAAAUUCUAAUCCAAAAUCCAUUAAUGUGCUGAAUGCUUUCCUUCACUUUUUUUUUUGCAACAACACCUUAGACCUCUGUAUUGGGGUUUGAUUGACCUCAAGCUGAUAUUGUUGGACACUGUGCAGCUUUGAUAACCCACGUGAGAGUCUAGGCAGGGCCAGCAGGGCCAAAACCUUGCUGCUCUUGUACUUCUAGGCGCUGCCCUUGCAGAUUCAUCUUUCUCCACCUGCCCUGGAGAAAGGUACGGUGCUGGGCCUGCCCCUUGCAAAUGGGGUGCACCAAUCUCAUUUAUUUGACUCUACUGCUGCAGUGAAAAGGGCAAGCAGCUGUUGGGUUGCAAGAAAGCCUCCUUUGACUUUAGGAAAUGUUGGCUUUGUAACAAUAGAACUUUGGUCCUAGAAAGACAUGGUUGUCCUGGGAGUUUGUAGUGUUAAGUUAAAAAAAAAAAAAAAAAAAAAAAAAUCAACAAAACCAGCUUAGGGUAAUACUUUCUGUUGCUUGUUUUUAAAGAUGUCUCACUAUGAUUAAAACCCUUUUCAUUAAUGUAGUAAAAUCCACACAGUAGUUUCUUCUUCCAGGAGGAGAAUACUAAGCACGUCACUUUCUCUCUGCAUCAGUGAUGUCAAAUACUCGUCCAAAAAUGUUCAGAUUCUGGGAGCUGUCCUAGGUGCUAUUCUGUCAUUGGAAGUGGUGAGAAGGAGAAGCACUGUGGCUCAUCUGGAUGUAGGCUGAGGACAGUUGAGAUAAACUGUGGGAACUGACACAAGGGGUCUGCACAGGUAAUCCUGUGACCCUGGGGAUUAUGUUGCUAACUGAUGGACAGAUCUUUCACUGUAUCCUGUGGCAGACAGUCCACCAAGAAAUGUGCUUAUUGAGUUGGGAGGUGUUUAUUUGUAUUCCACUGUAACACUUGUGAAAGAGCAGAAAUGUCAUCAGGUUUUGACUUAUGCUGGCCGUCCUGGUAAGUGGACGUGCUAUAAUCCCAGUGACGAUCACUUUUCUAUUUCAUGUGAGUGGAAGUUUAGGAUUAAAUGUCCCCUGGAUGCCACCUAAUGAGUCCUCAACACCUUAGGCUCUUCAGAAACAAUGGUUUUGUUGGGGAUGGGAAACAGGGAAUGCUGAUUUUAUAUACAUGGUACACGUAGCAUGGUGUCACUUUGAAAAUCUUCCAGCAUGUUCUUCAGAAUGUUCAUGUAUAUGAGAGGUGAGAUUGGGAAUAAAAAGGACAGGUCAGAAUUUUUUUUUUCCCCUAGAACAUACAAAAGAACAUAGUGGACUUUCAGGGGCUACAACAGAAGAUGAAGAUUUCCUUAGGGGUCCCCAAGAAACAGGGGUGGGAGAAGGGGACACAAUGGCUUUUUGAGCUUACUGUUACCUUCUGAUAACAGUCAAGGUCCAGAACCAGACACCAGCCAUAUUUCUAUCUGGGUGGGUGUGGGCCAUUGAAAAUCCUUGUUAAAAAACAGAUAAAUCUGGGGCUCUUGGUCCCAUUUGAGAAGGAAGGAAGAGCCUCAAAAUGAGUGUGCAUUGGUGCACAUAUUCAGGAACAGCUUGUUCAGUCUUUACACUUUGCCUCAAAGUUGCUGCUCCUCAUCCCUUUGUGUGCCUGGGUGGCCUCGGCCCUGCGUUUUGGCAACAAAGGGUCAAAUGUGCCGCAGCUUUUGUAGAAAACAACUCAGAAACACAAAACCCACCAACAGCUCGAUUAUUAUUUUUUCAAUGUUUUCCUACAAGAGCCAAGUAGCACCAUGUAUAGAAGAUGCCUUUUUUUUCUUUUGGAAUAUUGAAAUCGUUUUGCAUGUAAAAUAUGGGAUAAUGACCUGUUUAUAUUAAAAUUCUGAUUAAAUGAUCUGAGAAUACA